AAGCAUCUUACCCCGGAACGCUCAUGAUGGUACAGUAAAGACGGCGCUCAUCGACGGCCUCGUGUAUGUAUACGACAUAACUCUGUACGACCUGUCUUAUCGCCUUUCUUGCUGUAAAAAAUGCCUCUGCUCUGAUGUCUUCUAUGGAAAACCUGCUCGCGAUAGGCCUCGGGCUCGGUCUGCGCGUCGUCGUCGACUACGGGAGCCGCCACAAUGUCAAGCUCACCGGGACGCUCGUCGGGCUGUGGGAGGGCGCCGUCCUGCACCACUUUCUGGACAAGACGCCGCUCUCCUGGGAUCCGUACGUCGCGUUCGGCUUCCGCGUCUUCGUCGACCUCAUCGUCACGACCAACCUGCCGAGGCUGGCCAUAACACUCAUGUGGGCGAGCCUGACGAUGAUGCUUGCCGACCUCGGGACACGCAAGACGUGGUAUGAAUAUCUCGCCAAGUUUGUGUACCGGCGGUACCGCAGGGUUCGUCGCGCCGUUAAGCGUCUCGCCGUCCCCGCCGUGCGUUUACCGAUUCCCCCCAUCCCCCUCCCAAAGCCGCCCGUGCCGUCCAGGGUCCGCUUCUACACGAUCACGACGACGCCCUCGCAAACGUCUUCUACGCCGCCUGUGCCCAUACCCCCGCCCGGUGCUGUACCGGUAGUUACGUCCCCGCCACGCCGUCAUGUCCCAGGUCAAUAUACCGAUACGGGCUCGGAGAGCAGCUCGGUGCAUAACGAUCUACCCACGGAUACGUCUACGCCUGGCCCUUCCCCGCCUUCUGCGGAUGGGCCGUCUCAGGAGGAGACGCCUGUCCUCAGAAUCUUCCCGUCCUCGAUGAUGACCCCACCUCUCGAGAACGAACUGGUGCGGUUACCAGGCCCAGACCCAGAUCGUACCCCAACUACUAGCAUGUCUGCGCUCCCUCCUGUUGCUGGUCCUUCUUCGAUCCCUCCGCCCAUUAUUUCUCCGCCGAACGACUGGGAGAUCGAGCGCCCAGAACCGACACCAGUCGACGUCCCUCCUAUUGGUGACAUCCCCGAAAUUCAUCCCGUAGAGGAACCCGAACGCCGCAACGCUCCGCCUAGUAGACCCGCGUCCUCGAUCCAUCCUCCCGCUGAACCGGAUCGCGAAUAUGUUCAUGUUCAAAUGCCUCCAUUGCACGACAUCCCGGACAUGGAGCGCCAACGCAGCGAGUCCCAACCGUCGCUCAGAGUGCGAGCGCCGGAAGCGAAGCAAGUGCCAGAGCUGACCCCCGUUCCCAUCUCAAACUUACGCAACAUCCCCGAUCUUCCCAGCACGUCAGAGGAAGAGCUCAUCAAAAAGCCUGCUCCAAGCAACGAGUAUCCUGACGAGAAGGCUAGAGAGCGGUUUCCUGGAGAGAGGUAUCCUGAAGACGAGGAGAACCAGCCUGUCGCGUCCACGUCACGACUACAGACCGACCUUCCUCACUUACCCGCUCCCGUACGAUUCAACCCCGACUUCGAUCUCUUCGGCGAAGGCUGGGACAACCUCGGCACCCCUCCCCCUCCCUUCAAAGAGCGCGCCAGCUACAUAGAGACGAUCCCUUCUCAGCCCUCCCAGCCGGAGCAGGCCAGCUACAUGGAGUCGAUACCUUCCCAGCCGUCGCAACGGCCGGAGCGCAGUCCUACGCAUCUCACCACUGCGACAGCGUCGCCCGGCCCCUCGCCACUUUCGGGCGGCUCGAGAAACUCUAUCAUCGCCAGGGCGGACUUGCUCCGGGACCAGGCGCUCGCGGAAGAGAGGGAGCGGGAUAGGCUGAGGAGGGAACGGCAGGAGGCGCUUGAUGAGGGGAGACCGAAUCUCGCGCUGCUGUAUAAAUAUCAGAUUGAACAAGCUGAUGAGAGGAUCAGGAAGUUGCACCAGAAAGCUGCGAGGAGAUACUUCCUUGCACACAACCAAACGCCCUUGCCAACGCGGACGAUAGACGUGCAUCGGCUGAGGGUUCCGGAAGCUGUCCGAGAGACCGAGAAAGCUGUUCGUGAGGCCUUGGUGACGGACGCGCGCGAAGUGCGUGUAAUCACGGGCCGCGGAAACCAUUCCGUGAAUAAGAUGCCUGUCCUCAAGAUGGCCCUGCUGAAACAUCUGCAAAGCAACCAUUUCCCCACACGCGUUGAUCCAAGUAAUCCGGGCGUGUUGAUAGUCGAUAUCCCUGAGGAAGAGCUCCCAUCGGACUUGCCGGACUUUCGGAACAGUUAGCUUUUCUUUCUUUCUUGACAUUUCGUACCGUAAAGGUUUGGUUAUGAUGGUUUGUUACGGUCUCUGUUGUACUCUCCUGUUACAUAUUGUACAGGGUGCAUGUACUUGUACUACUAAUGUUGUCCUUGUCUGUCGCAGUGUUAUCGGCUUAUUUGUCUCGCUGACGCGAAGCCUCCAGUAGAGAUCGACUGUGGUACCGAGCCGGCACAAUUGUCGGCAGCAUCCUUGUCCGCGGUGAGUUCUAUGACGAUGUCUGCGCCUAUCUUGAAG